AACACAAACACCAUCAACGUCCAAAAAUAAUGCGAGUGCCCAGCACCAAAACAAUCGUAACCGGACGACGUUCGGAACAUCUGCGGGUGGGCACGCCGAAGCGGCCCGCUCCGAACAGAACCACCUCGCCGUGAACGCAAUGCGACCGUACGUGUGUGCGGAGCAACCGACCGACCGAAGUACCGUUGCGAACGUGACGUUCGACCGUGUUUACGUACGACCCGCGUUGUAACGACCGCACAGAUGUUCCGAACGGCGGCCAGACACCUCCACGGCACCGCCGGCACGUCGGCAGCGGCGGCCGGGGCGGCGGUGCCGUCACCCAGGGGCCUGCCCCUGGUCGGCACGACGUUGGCCCUGUUGGCCGCCGGCUCCACGCCGAAGCUGCACAAGUAUAUCGACCGGCGGCACAGGGAACUGGGGCCCAUCUUCAGGGAGGACAUCGGACCGGUCGCGUGCGUCUUCAUCUCCGAUCCGGACGAGAUGCGCAACGUUUUCGCACGUGAAGGAAAGUACCCGGUCCACGUACUACCUGAAGCAUGGACGCUGUACAACGAGAUGUACGGCUGCUCCAGAGGACUGUUUUUUAUGGACGGGGAAGAGUGGCUGCAUUUUCGCCGAAUCAUGAACAAGUUGCUGUUGAAAGGUGACUUGGGGUGGAUUGACAGAUGCUGUGAAGUGGUGGGCAAUAAAACCGUGGACAAAAUCAAAUACAAUAACGUCGAAGGUCAACCCUAUAGGUCUUUACCUGGUGACUUGUACAAAUGGUCGUUGGAUGUUUUAGUUUGUAUUUUAUUAGGUGAAACGUGUUACAACAAAAACAAUAAGCAGGUGGAGAAAAUGGUGAGGCACCUGGGGGAGACUGUUCACUUGGUGUUUGAGACUAGUGCCAAACUGGCCUUGAUUCCGGCUAAAUUAGCUGCAACCUACAAAAUACCGGCUUGGAGACGUUUCGAAGACUCAGUGGACCAAGCCCUGACGUCAGCUAGUCACCUGGUGGAGUACAUGUUGGAGCAAUUCCCAGAAGGUGACGGGCUCUUGCACAGGAUGCAAGAAGAACAGAUGAACACCUCCGAACUCAUCCGAAUAGUUGCCGAUUUAAUCUUGGCUGCGGGGGACACCACAGCCUAUUCCAUGCAGUGGAUUCUGUAUCUACUUUCAAAGAACCCCCAAGUACAAGACGAACUAAGACAGAAGCUCCUGGAGGGAACCGCAGCGCAACUCAAGAAGGACAUAGUGAGGGAAAGUCUGAGACUCUAUCCAGUUGCACCCUUCCUAACCAGAUUCUUGCCGGAAGCCACCCAGAUUGCCGGCUAUGAAAUAUCAGCGGGAACGUUGAUGAUCAUGUCGAUUUACACCAGCGGCAGGGACGCCAAAUAUUUCCGGCAUCCGGAAAGGUUCGACCCCAAUCGCUGGACGAGGACGUCGUCCAACUACACGACAAAAGCGUCGCUGCCUUUCGCCAUCGGGUCCAGAUCGUGCGUCGGGAGGAGGAUUGCGGAAACGCAAUUAAGGGAUACGACGGCGAAAAUCGUGAGCAACUUCCGUAUGGAGCUGUGCAACAAGAGGGACGUGGACAUGGUGCUGAAAAUGGUGUGUGUACCUUCCGAACCGUUGCUAAUAAAAUUUACUCCUAUUGAUUAAGCAAGGUUUUUAUUGAUAAUUACUGCAGUGACCUUUAGUUUAGGUGGAUUAAUUCUGUGUUUAAAGAUAUGAUUUGUUUAGUGGAAGAAAUUUAUUUGUUUGUCCAUUAUUUUGUACCCUUUCAAUAAAUAUAAUUACCCCUCUA